AAAGAUGCUUUCGGUUUUGGCGUUUGUGGACUGGGUUUGUUUGUAACAUAAAUCUGAGUUGUCAAGACUCAUACAACGAUUGGCGUUCAUACUGUUGAUAGUCCAAAGUAAUAAUAUGUUGAUGUCGCUUUGCCACGUUUACACCUUGGCUUACGGACUCUUGGAUUAUAAAUAAUGGACGUCCAACUGAAGUGACUUCAUCCUGUUAUUUAUGGAUAUUGACAACGAUAUCAACCAAGUUUUGCCAGCAGGUAAACUAGCUAGAGAACCAGAUCGUCCAACUCAUAUAUGCACUUCCAUUUUGCAAAACCCUUCUUCCAAUUCAUCAAAAACUGUACCAUUUUUCCCACGUGUAUUGCUUAGCGUCCAGCAACCUCUGUCUAGUCUAAUAAAUCAAACAAUAAUACAACCUACUGCUCUUACCACUGCAUCUGUGGCCAAUACGCCUUUACCACAUGUUUCAAGUUUACAAAUGUCGGCUACAUCAGUUUCAUCUCCCAUUAAUUCUACCAAUCAGUUCUUCCCUUUGAUAUUGGCUGCCGCAUCUACAUUGCCUCCGUCAACAUCAAGUGCACCGACACCACUACAACUUCACUUAGGGAACUAUUCAGGAAGCUCUAGUGUUGCGUCAGCAUCAAGUCAGAGUAUCUUUUUGCAUCCAACUGUCACAACUACUGCAUCCUGUUUGUCAGUGCCGAAUGUUCUAAACAGUCCAUCGCGGCUAAGUACAUCUGGUGUUACGACAGCUUCUACUCCAUUAGUUGCUUCAUUAAUCAAUAAAAACUGUUCCACAUCACCGUCAGUAGCUUCUGUUGUCAUAUCUCCACAGGCUCCAAACCACAUACAACCAACACUUGCUUUAAGAUUCGCAACCCAUACGUCAACUCAAUGUAGCUCUAUCGUUACAACUGCAACAGUGAAUUCAAGUGCCUGCCCUCUAGUGUUUGAAACCCCUACAACAAAUGUUACGUUGCCACUUCAGUCUCAAAGAUCACAUUGUGUGACUGCUAUAAAUUUUCCUGCACCGACUUCUGUAUCCGGCAGUUUGCUCAUGAGUUCUACUCUCUGCUCAACUCCACGUGUACUUAUUCAUAAAUCUCAAAACCUUUCAAACCCACCAUCUUUGAUAGAGAAUCCAACAACUUCAACUACUACUGUAUCUCCCAGUAAGAUGAGUACAUCUGAUUCCAGUUUCAUCAAUUUAUCGAAUCCCUCUAUCAUUUUCCAUGAUCAAAUAAAUACACAGUCUCCACAAACAUCAAAAUCGAAAUUGGUUAAUUUUACCACACCACUAUCUGCUACUGUUCGUUUGAUUACACCUCCAUCUACAGUUUGCGCGACUACUAAAUCCACAUGCACUGUAUCCACUUCUGGAAAUAGUGCUGUCGUUUUCCCGACAUCUUUAUCUCAGACUGGAGCACUUCCAACUCGACCAUCUUUAGCAAAUACAGGUAGUGUAUGGUCAGGGUUGACAGUGAGUCCUAAUGUUUCGUUCAUGUCUCCUUCCAGUGGUAAUGUUGUUGCUAUUCAGUCUUCACAAUCCUUGAUUGUUCAAGCUCAAUCUGGCUUACCUGUUCAGUCAACUAUAGCGACUUCUUCAUCUUUAAAUCCAAGUUUGAUGAUGUCUCUUCGAAGUUUUUCUGGAAGUUCAUCAAAUACAGGUCCAUCUUUACCCUUGAGUGCAGCUAAUCAUACAGUGCUGGCCUUCAACUUGGCAAAUUCAAAUGUUCAUAGUACUCCUACAACAUGUACAAGCGUUACAGGAAUGUUUACAAAUCCUGUCCGGCAAAUAAAUUCUUCCAAUCCUACUUCUCCACUAAUAGUUCGCGCUAAUGGACCUUCGGCAGUUGGAUAUAUACCAAAUACUAGUACGGUUAUGGGUCCUACAUCGCUUUUAAAACCAUUCAAUUUAAGCGGAAACACGGGGUUAUCUUCUACCUCGUCCAGCACAUCUGUGGUACCGCAUAUUUUACCGGUCAAUAUUGCUCCAGCCAAAUUAACUCCUCUACAGCCAUCGAUAUCUGCUUCAACUUCUUCAAUAUCGCAUACCCGUUCAAACUUUUCUCAAAAUAACUCUGUUUGCAUUAGUUCUCAUCGCCUCCCAACUUCAUCUAUUUUUUCUCAACCAAGUCGAAAGAGAGCACGUAAGCAGCAACUCGCUUCAUCUUUCUCAUCUGUAAUGAUUACUCCAGUUUCGGUUGUCUCGUCGACCACAUCGACUACAGUCGGUAUGAAUAGUCUAGUAAAUUCUUCUAGUUUAAAUUCUGUAGUGUCGGGAUGUCGCAGCGUAUUACCAUCAACACCCACCCUGGUUGCCAUGGCCAAACCAACUAUUCAACCACAUCAGUUCGCACAACCUGUGUACAGCUGUCAGGUGACACACUCACCGCAGAUCUCAGGAAGUUCUAUCAAGUCAGGUCCUGUAUCAGUUGAUUCUGUUUAUCGGAAUACAUCCACAACCAUUUCCGUCAGCUGUGCAACUAGCGUCAGUCCGUCCAACAGCGGACUUAUGGGUAUACGUUUAGUGUCAGUACGUUCCACCCCAACCACUUCUGUUCCCAAUAACAGUUCUAUUUUACUAAAUACUACCUGCUUUCAGUCAUCUAUUGGAAGUCUUGGAACUCGUGGAAGUACAGGUGAUAAUUCAGUGGUUAUGGUCACAUCUCCAUCACAGAUGGUAUCUUCUGGUGGACACCUUCGUAUAACCAAUUCACAUUGCUCACAGUCUUCGGAUAUUCAUCAAACACAAACUGCUGCAGUGUAUGUUUUGACCACCUCUGUUUAUCCGAUUUUAAGCACUACUACUGUUACUUCGUCGAAUUCUAGUUCAGGAAGUGAGUCAACAUGUUCUGCUUCCAGUAUCAUAAGUCCAGUUGUAGUUUCCGGAUCAACAAACGGUGUUCUGCAGGUGCGAUUUAGAUCUCCUCAACCAAAUGUUAGUCCUAUUGUCAUGACUGAAAACCAAGAAUCUAAAAGUCUACAAGUUGUUAGUCAUAAUAUUCUUCCAACUAGCCUACAUUCAAUAUCCGAUGUUCCCAAGUCAGUUUCCGAAGAUUCAAAGUACAUUAAUCCGGCUAGUAAACCACUACGAUGUGCCUCUGAAUCGAAUCCUCUUUUACAUCACCUUGUUUCAUCCAUGAAGCAGUCUCAAAAUGAAUCAACGACUGAUGUUAGCCAUGUGAAUAAUACAGAUCUGAAGAAGUCUGAUCCCAUUUCAACCCAUUCUGAAUUAUCUCUUUCAAAUUCAUGGUUACAUAAUAACAUAGAUGAUUCAAAACAGACUAAUGCUGGAAACUUCUUGAAUUCAAAUGAAAAACACAAUUACUUUUAUCCUACUACCAGCAGAGAUAAUUCCGAACUUAACAAUGACUUCACUGAUUGUGGUAAUAAGAUUUUAAAUGAAAAACAGUUGACUACACCUAUUCACAAUAUACCACGUAAGAAAAUUAAGGGUGAACAGGAACCAAAUGAAUGUCAAAAUGCUGAUGAGAUUACCAUUAAAAAUGAUUUCCACAGUAGCAAUAAAUUAUCAAAAGCUGGUAUCUUAUGGACUGUAGACCCUGUUGAUGGUCGUGAAUGGAUACUUAAUGGAAGACCUCCAAGGCCGUUAAUCAAUCCAAAGUGCGGAUUUUCAAAUAGUAGGUUGAGUGUUCCUUGUCGUUCUAAGAGCUCUCACUUUCUCAGUCUUUCUGAGAUAUGCACAAAACCACAACACAAAUCUGCCAAUCUCGAUGAUUCUUCACGACGUGAUAUGCAGAAUACUCGCCGCAGACGUCGCUCUUUGGUUACUGGCACGAAUUUGUCACAUGCCGAUUCUGACAUUCAGAGUAAAGGAGGAGUCAAAGAUAUGAAUAGUUUGAAUCCUAAUAAUGAGUCAAAUGAGGCGAAACGCUUAGUGCAAGACAUUUUAGCGGUACGUGCUGAGCAAGAAGAUUCCGGUUUUGUUAGAUUUCCUUUAACCAUCACAUCAGUGUUGGAUAUUACAGGUUGGCGAGUUCUUCAUUGUGCUGACAAUUUAGAUUUAUUGGCAUACACGGAGUUGCAAACAUUAGAAACCAUAAAAAAUAUGGAGACCGAUUUAGCCGACCAGCUUCAUUGCAUUUCUACUCAGAGUGUUCCGUCAUCACAUCUUAGUAUAUCUCAAGGUGUCAGUGAAACAGUGAAAUCUGUAGAGUCUGGAUUAAAAUCAGAUGAAUCCGAGAUGGCUAGUCAGUUUAAUAUAGCUAUUGAAUUAAUCAAAGGCAUUUCUCAACGUAAAAAAUACCUACUGGACUCUAUUCAGCGGAUAAGUUCCGUCACCAAAAAUUUAGUACAUCAUUUCAGUCCUGGGAUUCAUAAUCUAAUUGAAGAGCUAGAAGACAGUUCCAAUAAUUCUAGUAAAUCAUUGUCUCCGUCAUCGUCGAAAACCAAUUUGGAUUCCAAUACUUCAUCUACUCCAAUUACCUUACGGAGAUCUUCACGAAGAUUUCCGACCCAUAAUCCUAUAGUCCGACAAGUUCGACGUCGAAAUAACGUUGCAAUUACUAGAGGCUCAAAAUCACUAACUUCCCUAAUUAAAAAUUCACCAAGCAGCUGUCCAGGAACGAGUUCUCAAGGAAACAUAUGUAAUGUUGGGACCAGUAAUUAUUCCGUAGUUCGGUAGUUAUGAAUUUCCAGGUAUGUUUUCAUAUUUAAUACUUAUCAUUUAUUUAGCUAGAAAUUCUGAGUGAUUUCAAUGUAUUUCGUCAGUUCUUUUUGAAAUCCAUUUAAAAUUACAAUGUAUGAUAUGUGUCUCAGUGUACAAUCAAAGUGUGGAACGCUUGAUAAUAUUUGAAGUUUAUAUUUAAAAAGAGACACGACACUGUCCAGGAAUACAAACCAAUGCAUAUUUUUUUUUAAAGAAAUCAUCCACUGAGCCCUCCUGUCCUUAAUAUUCAAUCUGAAAGAAAAUGUAACGACAUUAGGAAAUGCAAUCCUGUAGCAACUGAUCACUAAAUCAAAUUCACAUCACUACCUAGUUAAUGUUAUUAUUGAUCAUUGAUUAGAUUAUUGUCUUGAUCAAAUUUAGAUCAUUAUUUACUGGCAGGCUAUAUACAAGUCUUCGAACUGUCUUCACUUCCCGUUUCUGAACUUAAAAAAGAACUUGUUGUAUAUUGGUGACCAAAAAACUCUGAAUCGUGACUAACAAAUGCGAAAUUCAAAUAAUUAAGACAAAUGACACACUUUUGUAAGCCCAUCUGUUUUCAUUGUAAAUUUAUAACACAAAAGGAUUGUAAUAUUUCCAGACUUACAUUUUCUAACCUGUUCAUCCGUUUUUGAAAAGGUUGUAUGUUGUACUGUUGGAGAUCUUUGUUUUUUUUUAAAAAAAGUAUCUCAAUGUAAAUGAAUAGUGAAUACGUCUUUACUUUAUAUUAUACCGUAAGUUUUUUGUCUUAAUUACAUUAAUCUUCGACCAACCAAACAAAUGUUUCAGUCAAUAAUCAUGAUAAUAAAGAAACCCAUUCGUCAAAUCAAGUUGACAGUUAUGAUUGAAAUAUAUUAGUUUUGAGAUUUUGUAAAUACUCAAGAUGAUAGUUAAUAGUGUAAUUGUGUUGUUGUUGU